CCGAUAUCAAGAAUUGUGAAGUUUCCUGUAGUUUGUGCUUCUCAAAUAACUCUGCAUAUGAUACAGCGUAUCUAUAUUCUUAGUGUAUAGCAAUUUUAUUGAACACACUCUAUAAUUGCGACCCUGUACUCGCUUCAACGAUUCGUUGAACAUCAAAAACAUUUGUUCAGAUAAAAUCGUGUUUGCGGGUGAGUUGGACGUGAAAUUUUGCAGCGCUGGGCGUUUAUUUGAUACUUUUCUUUGUUUUAUCUCUGCUGCAUUAUACCUACUUGCAUUUGAACAGACUGUACUUUUGUAAAGAAAGAAAAACGAAAAAGUAAAAAAAGGAAAUCUUUUAUUGCUAGAUUAUAAGUAGUUAUUUUAUGCAGAGAAGCGUCGUGUUUAUUACCUUUUAUAAUUAUAUAUGUAUGGAUCCACGCUAUAAAAUUGUUUAAUAUCGAGUGUUACUUCGAAAGGCAUAUUAGUGCCGAGUACAAAGAAAAUCCGCAAUUUCGGUUAAAUUUGUCGUUUACAAUAUAUAAAUUUGAAAGCAUAUAUUAAAAAAAUGGUGGCAUUUUUGCAUAAGUUAAAUUAGUGCUUAAAUAGUUUGCUAUAGAAGGAAAUGUAUUUUCCAUGCGCGAAGAAUAAGCUGGAAACGUGGCCAAAUUUCCUGUAAUAGAUUUUAUUCUGGACAUGAACCAUUCAACACAUUUUCGAGUUGCCACUUGAUUUUAUUCGGCAAGUAUUUUAAAGCGAAACAUUUACACGAUUUAGUUGAAGUAGCGAUGUCUUACACUUGAAAGUAUGAAGCACCGUCACAACAGAAAUUUUAGAGGCACUUUUGGUUGAUUUCUAUUUAUGUGGUAACGCUGAAAGAUGUUUCUUAAAUUUAGCUGCGGUUUAGAGUAUCAACAAUCUAUUACAACCACACGUCGCCAUGUUUAAAAAUUUCUCUAUACUAUUUUCGCAGUCUUACAAAAUACUUUGGAAUUAACAUUACAUAUAGCAAUAUCGUCAACGAGGGAUUGUAUUAUUAAAAUUAUUCAUUAAAAAAUAUUGUCUUUUACAACAAUAAUAGUUAUGUUUGUUUAUUGUUGCCAAUAAAAGCGUUAGUUGAAAACAUAUGGAAAGUAAUGAAUGCAUACUAAAGUUAUGUAAUUUGAGUCAAUACGAAAAGUUGUAUCGAGAGUGGAAACAAGAUCUAGUGUGACGUCAACCGUCUUAUUAUUGGCUAUCGUUAAGAUUAUUUUGAAGUAAUCUUGAAACAAAUAUGCCGCGCAUAGUACCUUUGCAACUUCUUAAGUGCCUAAAGGUGCUUUUGGACGACAAUGGGGGUAUCCUUAGCAUUGGAGAAGUCAAGCGGAUCGCGGGAUUGAUGAAUAGAUAUUCAAAGAAACUUGUAUCAAAAUGCAUUUAUGUACAAAUAUUAAAAGUUACUAAAACGGAGCUACUUGGUGAAUUUAUGGGUGUUGGUGGUUGGUCACUGGUAUAUAACUGGUUAAACGAUGCAAUACGAGCAAUGAAUUGGCCGCUUGUGCAAGAAAUUUUAGAGCUACUUUUACUUUGUCCAGUUGAUGUGGAUCGACUAAAAAUAAAUUCUGCACCAAAGUUGGUGAAGGGUCUUUGCCGGGAUGGCGGCAAUGAAGGAGUACGUAUACUUGCAAAACGUUUGGUGGAGCAAUGGUUGAAAGUAGUGACAGAGAAUACUACAACAGCUCAAGUAGAAAGUUCUCCUCAGCAAUCGGUUAUUGGUGCAGCAACUCCUAAUGUUUCCACAAUACCUGCCAUUCAAACGACACCUGCUAUACGGCAAGACAGCAAAAUACCACAAACCUCUAGCAUACCAUUAAAAGUGAAAGGGCCUGCAGUUGUACAGCGGUCGCUUUCAAAUUCCGCUGAACAAGACCCACUUGCAGAUGUCACAGAUGUACCGCCUGAGCCAUCCACGUAUGCACCAACACCUGCACAGAAGAAAGCUAGUGAAGCAGGAUUGGUGUUCAAACUGGUUUAUAAAGAUGGUCAACAAGUUUUGACACAAGUACCAAAAACCAAUCAACUAGGUUCUUCUGCUGUGGAUGUGGAGCAAAAUGUCCAACGAAAAGAGAAUGAGGACGAUUGUAAGACAAUGGAUCAUGAUGGCAACAUGAAUGGCGAUACAGAAGCUGAAGGUGGCACGGCUGCUCAAGAGGAAGAAGAGAAUGAUAGAACUGCGGAUUCUACAAUUAUAGAAGAGGAAGACGAUACUCGAACAUCAACUGAUAAACAAGACAAAGAUAGUGAAAGUAGUGCUGAUGAAGAAUCUCAGACAACAUCGAAUAGUAACAUGCUUUCUCUAGAACAAUCUGCUACCAUACGAAAAAAGUCUAUAGAUACAGAAAGUGAGAAAUCUAUAAGUAGAGAACAUAGAAGCUCUAAAGACUCCAGAGACAGCAAAAAUAGGGAUAAAGAAAAUAAGAGUGAUAAAGAUAAAGAUAGGAAAUCAUCGUCAUCUUCUACUCAUAAAUCAUCUAGUCACAAAUCGAAAAGUUCGUCUUCGAGCAAGUCAAAAUCUUCAUCCUCAUCCUCUUCACGCCGCAGUUCAAGUGAUAAGCAUCGGAGCGAUAAGGAUCGUUCAAGUUCUAGCAAAGAUAAAGAUCGAAAAGAGGGUAGUAGCAGUAGCAGCAGCUCAAGUAAACAUAGAUCCUCAUCAUCAACGUCAAAAUCUUCGUCCUCAACUAGUUCAAAAGACAAACAUCGUGAUAAAGAUAAGGACAAAUCAGCUAAUACUUCUUCUUCAUCGCAUAAAAAAGAAAAAGAGCGUGAAAAAGAAACACCAAGUGACAAGGAUAAAGAAUCUAAUUCCAAGUUGUUAUCUACUUCAGAUAAACUAGGUCGUAUCCCUAAAAAGCAUAAAGAUGAGUCGGAAACAGAUGUGACAAAGCCUACUUCAAUAACUAUUCCUUCAAAGAAGGCCUCAAUGUCAAUAGAAAUACGUCGUGACUCGGAAAAGGCUAAAACUGUGAAAACAUACAAAUCACAAUUUCGUUCACAUGGCCUUACUGAGGAAGCUCCCCCACCACCAUCGCGGAAAGGACUGAAGAAACCAGUUUCAAGCGUUUCUGCACCCGGUACUGUCAUUCCAACCAGUUUGCCAUCAUCACUAAAACGCCCUUCACCGCCACCAAGCAGCAGUGAUUCACCAACGCAAAAGAAAUCUAAAAUUGAUAUCAACAAUCUAACAGUAGCUAAUGAGAAACCUGGAGCUAUCAAACUUAUCGCUCCAAAGAAAAUUCAAACUCUUGUCGAGACAAAUAUCUUCUCGGACGCGCUCUCAGCAGCAACGGGCCCUAAAAAAGUUGCAAAACGUAAGCGGCCCACUACUCCUGGUCCUGGACAAAAUAAGGAAGGUCCUUCACCACCUACCAGCCCAGAUGCACCAAAGGUGGCGCCUUUAAAAUUCUAUCAGGACACAUUGGAUGAAAGUAAAAGCGAAGACAAAUCCGAUAAGGAGAAUGAUAGCAAAGAUAAUAACAACAAAUCGGAAGAUUUGGAUUCAGCCGAUAAGGGCAAUAGCACAGAAGACGAUGAUGAUAUACCCUUGAAGAAGGUUAAGGAAGAUAUUGAACAAAAGGUAUUGCGAGAACAAAAGACUGGUGAUGACAGUAGCGAUGCCGCAGUAACUAAGACCGGCGGCUCAGUCGAUAUCACUGGUAGUGAUGGGGAAGAAGAUGUCGCCACAAAAAGUUCCGAGGAAGACGCGCCCAAACCGCCUGGACCUGGUUGUGGUCCGAAUGGGCCACCUGGUGUGCUUAUGCUGCAUCGACGCAAGGGUCCAAAAAAGAAGUUGACUUGGCGACCUCAAGACCAACUAGAGCAAAUACGUUACUUUGAACUGGACGAAACAGAGCGUGUAAAUGUGACAAAAGCACAGUCGUUUAUGGAUAUGAAAAAUCUUGAACGCUUUAGUGAACGCGAUGCGAUUAAUAUCGCCAGACGCGGUUUCACACAUGAGGACAAUAUGCGACCAUUAACCGAGUGGAGACCGCUGAUCGAAGUUGAUGGUGUGCCACCACAUCCGAAUGGUAAUCAAUCUAAACAGCGUAAGGUGCAAGCCGAACGCGAAAUGACUACCUUGCGCGCACUAUACUUCUCGCACAGCAUGAUCCCGGACUCACCGGCAGAAGCUGAAUUAGAACCGCAUUUCGCAGUCGACAUACCCGUCAUACCGUUAGAAGAUAUUACCGGUAAUCCAGAUGCCGUAAGCGAUUACACCAAUAUGCCUUGGCCUGAGCCAAAGACUUCACCUAAGUCGACGGAAAAUAUCCUUCCUACUAUUGGCAAUUUGCCAACCGCCCAGGUAAAUACAUUACCGCCAAAUAACCUGAAUACAUAUCCAGGUUUUAUGCCACAAUAUGCUGGUGUGGCAACGAACAAUCUACUGGCAACGCAAAUGCAAAUGCCACGGCCAGUUCCCACACCGGCUGCGGCAUCAGGCCCACAUCCAGCUUGGCAAACAGGCAAUUUCAAUGGUAAUUUGGCAAUGGGUCCCUUGGCUGGUGGACCACCAGUACAACCACAGAAUAUGCUGGGUCCAUUCGGUCCUGGAGCCGGCAAUCCGCAAUGGCAACUUCAUGGCGGUAAUCAGUAUGGCCCAGCACAAGGUCCCUUCAAUAAUGCACCGAAUUUCGGACCAAUGGGUUUAUUGCCGCCACGUGUUAUGCCAAAUAUGGCGCCAGCGAAUCUAUUUGAACGGAAUAAUAUGAAUCAUCACAACAAUAACAACCAAAAUCGCAACAACGGCGGCAAUUGGCGGACCGGUUCCAACUUUCAAGAUAACAAUGGUGGCGGCAAUUGGCGUUCAGGUGGUGGCGGCGGUGGACAGAACCGCGGUGGUGGCGGCGGCGGCGGCAACUCUAACAACGGUGUGUGUAAGGCUUUCAUGCGUGGUCAUUGUCGUUUAGGGAAAUCGUGCAAAUUUAUACACCCAAAAAGCAAACGCAUAUAGGAUUCGCCAGAAUCUUCUGAUGAAGAUUCAACAACGAUCUCGAAAAACAACUGUGAUAGUGGCGACAAGUCGAUGCACAAAAAAACUGUCUAAGCGAUCAAAAUAAAAUGAUCUGUGAAAUGGUUCGAGAAAAAAAGUUUGCUGCGCGUCUUGAGACCACACCUUAAGUUCUUAAGAGGCCGCCACCGUACGUCGUUGGCCACCCGGAAUGACUUCCCUGAACCCGCAUUGCUUCAAUCAACAUCAGGAAAUUCAGGCUGUCAACGUCGUAAACCACAAUUUAGAAUGAAUUGAAAGAAAAAGAGAACAUACAUUUAAUUUCUAUGAAAUAUUUAGGUUUUUGUACAAAGCGUUAGUUUAUAAUUUUUCACUAAAAAAUUUUGUUGUUAGUAAAUGAAAGAUAAAUCGUGAAAAAAAACAAAUCAUAGAUUUUCUACUACUAGCAUUUUAGCAUUAUGCGUCCUGUAAUAGCUUCAUGAAUACUUUUACAGAUAUAACAAAAUAUAAAGAUGUUACAAAGGCAUUUGCUUGCACUAAACAUAAUCGUUAAUUA